UAAUGGGGAACAUCGUCUUUAUCUUUUUACAGCCCAAGGACAACACGACUGCUACAAUAUUCUGAAGCCCCGUGAGUGGCAUGGAGACGAGGACACGUUUUGCUUAUGGGAUAACAACUGCCGUACAUGCCCGUCCGAGGGUGAUUCUGAUUAUGGCAGUGACAUCCUUCCUUUCUAUGAGGACUACUUCGUUAACCACACAGAUGUACCGGGGCAAGUGUGUAAACUGAAACUGCCAGAAGGAUACCUCCCCCACUGCAGAUAUUUCGGAUUCUUCGUCCAGUGUGAUGUUCACUACUGCAACGAGCAUGCAGGAUGUUACAACAAUGAAACCAACGGAUCGGACUACAUGGGCAUAGCGAGAUUCACAGAAAGUGGAUACAGCUGUUUGACUUGGUCAGACGUAGACCAUGGAUUCAACGAGACAGAAAUAGAAUUAAAGGAGAAUUUUUGUCGAAAUCCCGACGGAAGUGAGAGACCUUGGUGUUUCUACGCUGACCAGAACGACAGCGUUGGAAGGGACUACUGCCCAGUGCCUGCAUGUGCAACGAAUGUCCUAUCUGACUUUACAAGAAUACCAGAUACCUAUCCUCUGAAUCCCUGGACAAUGACGUCAUACCAUAACCUCGGCCUUCUCGUCCCGGAUGUAGAGGAGCAAUGUGCGCAGAUGUGUGUCGAAGAAGAAAACUUUGAAUGUCGCAGUUUCUUUGUUGGACCAAGUGGCUUUUGUCUUGUUUUCGGAGCGGGCGCCAUUCAUGAUGGAGAGCAGAUAGAACAUUUGAAAGAUUCUGGCGGUGAUCUCUUCUACCGAAAAUCUACUCGAUGUAAUGAAGUAAUUCCACACAAAUAUCCAGACCACUGUAUGUUGCCUCUCGGUCUAGAAGGUAAAUGGAUCGAGGAUGGACAGAUCAGUGUUACCAGUGCCAUAGAUGAAGAUCACGGGGCCAGCAACGCCAGACUAAAUAGUCCUCAUUCAUGGAUACCAGACACAACCGAUUAUCAACCAGCAAUUACUAUAACUUUCUACGAGAGAACGAUAGUCUCUGGAAUUGUCCUCCAGACCGGAAGUCACAUUGGACACAGUGAAAACCUAGUGUCCAACUUUACAAUUGACUUCGACCCUCGUCCAGAUUAUGCGAGUGAUCCUCAAAUACCGUACGCGGGUGAAGAUACUUAUCCUAAGGUAUUACCAGGGAUGUUUUACAGUGACUGUCCUCAGCCUGUGUUCCUGGACCCACCGGUCUGGACGUACGGCCUUCGAAUAAAACCUCUGUCCAACUCCACCGAGCCAUUCAGUCUCAGACUAGAAAUACUUGGAUGCCAGGAUAAUGGUUGCGAUAGCGAAUUUGGAUUUAUGCGAGGGGAGGUCGAUGGAAUACAGGUGCUCGUUUUAGAUGAUACUGGGGACUCAGAGUUUCAACUGGCCGCAUUACGAGCUUUUGAAUACCAAGGUCCCGGGUGGAUCCCCGGGUCACCCGAAGCCUGGGUGCAAAUGGCCGUCACUGAGCCGUUUCAACUGUCCGCCAUGAUUUUUCGAAAGUGCGUUAACCCCGACUCCAGGACUGAUGCAUUUCGCCUCUGGUUCGGCACAAAUGAGAUGAUCGAAGCAGGUCACCUAAACUUGAUAGAGACCUUUUAUGUCGACUAUCAAAACACCAGUCUUGCAAGGGUCGAUUUUCCUGAACCCUUCGAGUUGCUGGAGUUGGCGCGCUUUUACCCCGUGAAUACAUCUUCAGUUACCUGUGUAAGGCUCGAGCUUGUUGGGUGCAACUUUUCAAGUUGCAAUAAACGGCUCGGAAUGGAGUCCAGAGAAAUACAGAGAAGUCAACUUACGUGUAAAGGAUGUAAUGAAACAACUAUUAAUCAAUCCCGUCUUCAUCACUUUGACCCCAAAGGAUUUACUGGUUGUGUUUUACCGACGACGGAAGUCCAUGAUAUAUGGUUCCAAAUUGCUUUCAAAGAUGUCCACGUAUUCCAUGCGAUCAUGAGUCAAGGGGGUUUUGUAGAAGGAAGGAGAACGUUCAUCGCAAGACUCAAAGUGGAAUAUAAACUUCUCGACCAGGACAGUUGGAGGGAGUACAAGAACAUCAUAGGAGAAACAAUGUACUUCGAAAACGCACGUGACCCAUAUACGGUGUCUACUCAUCACUUUGAAAGGGCCUUCUUCACCCGAACUGUCCGGGUCUCACCCUCACCCGACUCCGAAAUGACCAAACCAGGUGCUCUGCGACUGGAGCUUGUGGGCUGUCGUUUAGAUUAUGCUGAUAAGCUAUGUGGUGAUAAAGAGUUUGUACAUGAGGGAUUUUGCUAUGGUGUCGUCGAUGAGGAAGGUCCUAUGGCCUGCGAUAAGAUUUUCAUCCCUGGCAGCCACCCGGCAAACAUCAAAUCAUCAUCAAUUCAGAGCUUUAUCACCAGUAAAAGCGAAACAUUGCUUCAUGAUAAAGCUGACCGUUUUGUCAUCGGAUUAGAAAGGAAAGUAGGUGAAGAGUUUAAAUGGACCGAUGGCACACCUCUUGAUUAUUCUAAUCUGGUACCAACUACGUCGUUAGGGAACCAAAGGAACAAAAUGUGUGUGUACAUGGAUGCCUAUGACUGUUUCCAAUGGAAGACGUACGAUUGUAACCCACAGAGGAGAGCCGUCAUCUGCCAGUAUGACAUAAAUGAAUGCCUAAGUUCACACCAUGGAUGCUCUUAUCAGUGCAGAAACACACCAGGUAGUUAUUACUGCUUAUGUCAGCCUGGAUUCAGAAGAGAUGCUAGGAAUGAUUGCAUAGAUAUAUGUAGCACAACCAAUGCUUCUGCAGUCAAUCUAACUGGGAAUGCCGGUCUGUGUAUCGGACAUACUAUCGGAGAAAACUCGAAUUGGAAUGAGGCAAACCAACAAUGUCGCAUGCUGAACAAACACCUUCCGGGGGACCGAAUGGUCAUCGGUCAUCAUGCAUUGAUCACAUAUUUACAGGAACAAGCGGCCAACAUUUCAAGCUGGCCGUUCAUUUGGCUGCAGAACAAGACAACCGGAGUGAAUCCGCUAUGCCACGUUGCCAAUUUGACGAAUGGUGUACAGAUCAUCCAGGUUCCUUGCAGCCGAAUGUACUCGUUUCUUUGUGUAACAGAAUAUGAAGUGCUGAAUCUGAAUGACCUAUGGGAAGCCAAUAGACCGAGCAAUGAACGGUCUCCGAUUGAGCAAGUGAUCACUUCUUCCUAUGGAUUUAUUGAAUUCUUUGGUUACGCACCCUGGUUUGGAACCGACAAUGCAACAACUACAACGAUCAAUAUCAUCACCAAGAGAGCCAACACAAGCAUCAGACUGACAUUCCACCACAUACUAUUGCGACAAAGUGAAGAUGCAUGCAUCGAUAAGCUUGAAAUCAAUCUGGGUGCGAGCAGAGGAAACUGGAGUCUGAUAUGCGGUGAGGUUGAAGAGGAACUUGUUCUGAUUCCCAAUGGUAACAUGGUGGAGAUGUUGAUCCGACUCGGUGAGAUACAAAGCGACAUGAUCAACGAGAUUGGAUUCAGUCUAACUUAUGAAGCGAUCGAUUGCACCUACGAAACCUGUUCUACGGGCUGUGGGAUCGGGACUACAUUAAUAGCCUCGGAUGACAUGAUUCAGACUUCACCGUUCCCAUCCCAGUUUCAGCCAUACAGCUAUUGUUUUUACGAUAUUACUCCGCCAUCUGAUGACAAUCGGACCCUUUAUGUAGUUCUGGAAUUUGUAGAGUACCUCAUGAAGCGUAACGGGAGGUUCUGUGAGGACUCCGUGACGCUUGAGGGCACGUCAUCGUUCAGCCCUUCUGAUACGGAACGGGUCUUCCAUUGUGACGUCACUACACCCCUUCAAGUCACAUCGUGGAAUUGGAUGAGAGUGACUGUGAAGACUGGGCUGCAGUCGAUUUCCGAAGGAUUCAAGGCAAUGUAUCGCUUUUCAGAGAAGCCUGGGUGUAGUGUCGGAAACAUUCUAGACCCAGGACCUGCCGGACGCUCUGUGUUUGAGGUCGAAUGCAGGGAGCCGUCAGGUGUACUCGCCUCGGUGAACUACCCAUCCUAUGACAGCGCCGCGAAUAGUUGGGCCAUCACCACCGGAAGGGAUACCUACAUCGUGGUCAACAAUAUCAUUUUAGAGCUAAAAGAGAGUGAAAGCCAUGUGCAAUCAAAAAUAGAACCUGAUCGAUGCCGAAGUUUCCUGAGGAUCAGUGAGAAGAAUGAUCUCGGUGAUAUGGAGGAAACCGAGUAUUGUCCGAUCAUUCACCCGAUGAAAGCGGAACUGGAAACCAGAAAAAAUCGUCUGGAUAUCAGUAUGCAUCUUGACGUUGGAGAUCGGGGAAAAUUCUAUGCAGAAUAUCAAAGUCGUCAUUUUCCAGGCGUUACAGACAAAUCUCAAUCAGGUUAUAUUUGCCAAGAAGGCUGGGAUAGAUACUUAAAUUUCUGUUACCAGAUGAUCUCAGCUGAAACGAAAGUCACGUGGCAUGAGGCAGAAGAGGCGUGUCAAGAUAAAGGGGAGGGGUCACAUCUCGUCAGUAUCAAGGGAACAGGUGCAAUGGACUUCGUUCAUCACAAGCUAACCUCUGAUUGGCUGUUGGAGGAGGAAUAUAACUGGGUAUAUAUAGGUCUUAAGCGCGUCGACGAUGAAGGCAAAUUUCGUUGGUCGGACGGUUCUCCAAUGUCCUUUACUUCAUGGUAUAGAUCUACGUCGGACGAAAUACAUAGCCAACCCGAUGGCAGUGAACUAGAAGAGUGCACCAUGAUUAUGAUGACACGGAUCAAUUCCGUUGCCCAGUGGCAUGAUGUGACCUGCUCCCGACCUAGCACCAGACAUUACAUUUGCAAGCAGCCGGCAGUCAAUAAUGUGACAGGUGAAGUUUUUCACACGGAUAAUCACACAGUAGUUUACAAUAAGCCAGAUGAAGAUACAACUUGUCCACCAUCACUUUAUAUGUGCACAGAUGGGGAGUACUUUAUCCAACGAAUUUUCGUUUGCGAUGGCAUCGACCACUGCUAUGACGGGUCGGAUGAAUUGGAUUGUAAAGCACAUAAUGAUGAUGAUGAAUGUCCGAAAGAUUUCUUCAGGUGCACAGAAGGAGAGUGUAUAUCGACUUCGUUCCUGUGUGAUAACAUAAAUCAUUGUGAAGACAACUCGGAUGAACUGGGAUGCCACUACGCGCCAUGCCGUGAGGAUGAAGUACCUUGUGCGUUUGAUCCUUAUAUAUGUAUCGCGAGCACCAAAAUGUGUGAUCUGAUAAAGGACUGCCCUGAUGGAACAGAUGAGACUGACUGUGACGAGGAGUCUUCUUUAUUCCCAUGUUACUCAGGGAGAAUGUUACCAAAUAGCGCCCUCUGUGAUGGGACGGUUGAUUGCAUUGGAAGCUCAUACGAAGAUGAAUUAAAAUGCGAUUACAACGAGCCAAAUUAUACUUGCGAUCCGGAAACAGAACUUCAAUGCGACAAUGGAAAGUGCGUUGACCUGAGCACGAAAUGUCUAUAUGACGUGGACAGGUUGGGGUUCAUCAUUGGAUGCCGUGAUGUGUCCCAUCUUCGCGAUUGUUCGGACUUUGUUUGCCCUCCAUAUACCUUCGGAUGUCCGCUAUCGUAUUGCAUUCCAUUGCGCAUGCGCUGUAAUGGAAUGAAAGAUUGCCCAAACGGCCAGGACGAGUUGGAAUGUGAUCAAGGGUUUGUACUAAGCUCUGUUAAUGGGGAACAUCGUCUUUAUCUUUUUACAGCCCAAGGACAACACGACUGCUACAAUAUUCUGAAGCCCCGUGAGUGGCAUGGAGACGAGGACACGUUUUGCUUAUGGGAUAACAACUGCCGUACAUGCCCGUCCGAGGGUGAUUCUGAUUAUGGCAGUGACAUCCUUCCUUUCUAUGAGGACUACUUCGUUAACCACACAGAUGUACCGGGGCAAGUGUGUAAACUGAAACUGCCAGAAGGAUACCUCCCCCACUGCAGAUAUUUCGGAUUCUUCGUCCAGUGUGAUGUUCACUACUGCAACGAGCAUGCAGGAUGUUACAACAAUGAAACCAACGGAUCGGACUACAUGGGCAUAGCGAGAUUCACAGAAAGUGGAUACAGCUGUUUGACUUGGUCAGACGUAGACCAUGGAUUCAACGAGACAGAAAUAGAAUUAAAGGAGAAUUUUUGUCGAAAUCCCGACGGAAGUGAGAGACCUUGGUGUUUCUACGCUGACCAGAACGACAGCGUUGGAAGGGACUACUGCCCAGUGCCUGCAUGUGCAACGAAUGUCCUAUCUGACUUUACAAGAAUACCAGAUACCUAUCCUCUGAAUCCCUGGACAAUGACGUCAUACCAUAACCUCGGCCUUCUCGUCCCGGAUGUAGAGGAGCAAUGUGCGCAGAUGUGUGUCGAAGAAGAAAACUUUGAAUGUCGCAGUUUCUUUGUUGGACCAAGUGGCUUUUGUCUUGUUUUCGGAGCGGGCGCCAUUCAUGAUGGAGAGCAGAUAGAACAUUUGAAAGAUUCUGGCGGUGAUCUCUUCUACCGAAAAUCUACUCGAUGUAAUGAAGUAAUUCCACACAAAUAUCCAGACCACUGUAUGUUGCCUCUCGGUCUAGAAGGUAAAUGGAUCGAGGAUGGACAGAUCAGUGUUACCAGUGCCAUAGAUGAAGAUCACGGGGCCAGCAACGCCAGACUAAAUAGUCCUCAUUCAUGGAUACCAGACACAACCGAUUAUCAACCAGCAAUUACUAUAACUUUCUACGAGAGAACGAUAGUCUCUGGAAUUGUCCUCCAGACCGGAAGUCACAUUGGACACAGUGAAAACCUAGUGUCCAACUUUACAAUUGACUUCGACCCUCGUCCAGAUUAUGCGAGUGAUCCUCAAAUACCGUACGCGGGUGAAGAUACUUAUCCUAAGGUAUUACCAGGGAUGUUUUACAGUGACUGUCCUCAGCCUGUGUUCCUGGACCCACCGGUCUGGACGUACGGCCUUCGAAUAAAACCUCUGUCUAACUCCACCGAGCCAUUCAGUCUCAGAAUAGAAAUACUUGGAUGCCAGGAUAAUGAUUGCGAUAGCGAAUUUGGAUUUAUGCGAGGGGAGGUCGAUGGAGUACAGGUGCUCGAUUUAGAUGAUACUGGGGACUCAGAGUUUCGACUGGCCGCAUUACGAGCCUUUGAAUACCAAGGUCCCGGAUGGAUCCCCGGGUCACCCGAAGCCUGGGUGCAAAUGGCCGUCACUGAGCCGUUUCAACUGUCCGCCAUGAUUUUUCGAAAGUGCGUUAACCCCGACUCCAGGACUGAUGCAUUUCGCCUCUGGUUCAGCACAAAUGAGACGAUCGAAGCAGGUCACCUAAACUUGACAGAGACCUUUUAUGUCGACUAUCAAAACACCAGUCUUGCAAGGGUUGAUUUUCCUGAGCCCUUCGAGUUGCUGGAGCUGGUGCGCUUUUACCCCGUGAAUACAUCUUCAGUUACCUGUGUAAGGCUCGAGCUUGUUGGGUGCAACUUUUCAAGUUGCAAUAAACGGCUUGGAAUGGAGUCCAGAGAAAUACAGAGAAGUCAACUUACGUGUAAAGGAUGUAAUGAAACAACUAUUAAUCAAUCCCGUCUUCAUCACUUUGACCCCAAAGGAUUUACUGGUUGUGUUUUACCGACGACGGAAGUCCAUGAUAUAUGGUUCCAAAUUGCUUUCAAAGAUGUCCACGUAUUCCAUGCGAUCAUGAGUCAAGGGGGUUUUGUAGAAGGAAGGAGAACGUUCAUCGCAAGACUCAAAGUGGAAUAUAAACUUCUCGACCAGGACAGUUGGAGGGAGUACAAGAACAUCAUAGGAGAAACGAUGUACUUCGAAAACGCACGUGACCCAUAUACGGUGUCUACUCAUCAUUUUGAAAGGGCCUUCUUCACCCGAACUGUCCGGGUCUCACCCUCACCCGACUCCGAAAUGACCAAACCAGGUGUUCUAAGACUGGAGCUUGUGGGCUGUCGUUUGGAUUAUGCUGAUAAGCUAUGUGGUGAUAAAGAGUUUGUACAUGAGGGAUUUUGCUAUGGUGUCGUCGAUGAGGAAGGUCCUAUGGCCUGCGAUAAGAUUUUCAUCCCUGGCAGCCACCCGGCAAACAUCAAAUCAUCAUCAAUUCAGAGCUUUAUCACCAGUAAAAGCGAAACAUUGCUUCAUGAUAAAGCUGACCGUUUUGUCAUCGGAUUAGAAAGGAAAGUAGGUGAAGAGUUUAAAUGGACCGAUGGCACACCUCUUGAUUAUUCUAAUCUGGUACCAACUACGUCGUUAGGGAACCAAAGGAACAAAAUGUGUGUGUACAUGGAUGCCUAUGACUGUUUCCAAUGGAAGACGUACGAUUGUAACCCACAGAGGAGAGCCGUCAUCUGCCAGUAUGACAUAAAUGAAUGCCUAAGUUCACACCAUGGAUGCUCUUAUCAGUGCAGAAACACACCAGGUAGUUAUUACUGCUUAUGUCAGCCUGGAUUCAGAAGAGAUGCUAGGAAUGAUUGCAUAGAUAUAUGUAGCACAACCAAUGCUUCUGCAGUCAAUCUAACUGGGAAUGCCGGUCUGUGUAUCGGACAUACUAUCGGAGAAAACUCGAAUUGGAAUGAGGCAAACCAACAAUGUCGCAUGCUGAACAAACACCUUCCGGGGGACCGAAUGGUCAUCGGUCAUCAUGCAUUGAUCACAUAUUUACAGGAACAAGCGGCCAACAUUUCAAGCUGGCCGUUCAUUUGGCUGCAGAACAAGACAACCGGAGUGAAUCCGCUAUGCCACGUUGCCAAUUUGACGAAUGGUGUACAGAUCAUCCAGGUUCCUUGCAGCCGAAUGUACUCGUUUCUUUGUGUAACAGAAUAUGAAGUGCUGAAUCUGAAUGACCUAUGGGAAGCCAAUAGACCGAGCAAUGAACGGUCUCCGAUUGAGCAAGUGAUCACUUCUUCCUAUGGAUUUAUUGAAUUCUUUGGUUACGCACCCUGGUUUGGAACCGACAAUGCAACAACUACAACGAUCAAUAUCAUCACCAAGAGAGCCAACACAAGCAUCAGACUGACAUUCCACCACAUACUAUUGCGACAAAGUGAAGAUGCAUGCAUCGAUAAGCUUGAAAUCAAUCUGGGUGCGAGCAGAGGAAACUGGAGUCUGAUAUGCGGUGAGGUUGAAGAGGAACUUGUUCUGAUUCCCAAUGGUAACAUGGUGGAGAUGUUGAUCCGACUCGGUGAGAUACAAAGCGACAUGAUCAACGAGAUUGGAUUCAGUCUAACUUAUGAAGCGAUCGAUUGCACCUACGAAACCUGUUCUACGGGCUGUGGGAUCGGGACUACAUUAAUAGCCUCGGAUGACAUGAUUCAGACUUCACCGUUCCCAUCCCAGUUUCAGCCAUACAGCUAUUGUUUUUACGAUAUUACUCCGCCAUCUGAUGACAAUCGGACCCUUUAUGUAGUUAUGGAAUUUGUAGAGUACGGCAUGAAGCGUAACGGGAGGUUCUGUGAGGACUCCGUGACGCUUGAGGGCACGUCAUCGUUCAGCCCUUCUGAUACGGAACGGGUCUUCCAUUGUGACGUCACUACACCCCUUCAAGUCACAUCGUGGAAUUGGAUGAGAGUGACUGUGAAGACUGGGCUGCAGUCGAUUUCCGAAGGAUUCAAGGCAAUGUAUCGCUUUUCAGAGAAGCCUGGGUGUAGUGUCGGAAACAUUCUAGACCCAGGACCUGCCGGACGCUCUGUGUUUGAGGUCGAAUGCAGGGAGCCGUCAGGUGUACUCGCCUCGGUGAACUACCCAUCCUAUGACAGCGCCGCGAAUAGUUGGGCCAUCACCACCGGAAGGGAUACCUACAUCGUGGUCAACAAUAUCAUUUUAGAGCUAAAAGAGAGUGAAAGCCAUGUGCAAUCACAAAUAGAACCUGAUCGAUGCCGAAGUUUCCUGAGGAUCAGUGAGAAGAAUGAUCUCGGUGAUAUGGAGGAAACCGAGUAUUGUCCGAUCAUUCACCCGAUGAAAGCGGAACUGGAAACCAGAAAAAAUCGUCUGGAUAUCAGUAUGCAUCUUGACGUUGGAGAUCGGGGAAAAUUCUAUGCAGAAUAUCAAAGUCGUCAUUUUCCAGGCGUUACAGACAAAUCUCAAUCAGGUUAUAUUUGCCAAGAAGGCUGGGAUAGAUACUUAAAUUUCUGUUACCAGAUGAUCUCAGCCGAAACGAAAGUCACGUGGCAUGAGGCAGAAGAGGCGUGUCAAGAUAAAGGGGAGGGGUCACAUCUCGUCAGUAUCAAGGGAACAGGUGCAAUGGACUUCGUUCAUCACAAGCUGACCUCUGAUUGGCUGUUGGAGGAGGAAUAUAACUGGGUAUAUAUAGGUCUUAAGCGCGUCGACGAUGAAGGCAAAUUCCGUUGGUCGGACGGUUCUCCAAUGUCCUUUACUGCAUGGUAUAGAUCUACGUCGGACGAAAUACAUAGCCAACCCGAUGGCAGUGAACUAGAAGAGUGCACCAUGAUUAUGAUGACACGGAUCAAUUCCGUUGCCCAGUGGCAUGAUGUGACCUGCUCCCGACCUAGCACCAGACAUUACAUUUGCAAGCAGCCGGCAGUCAAUAAUGUGACAGGUGAAGUUUUUCACACGGAUAAUCACACAGUAGUUUACAAUAAGCCAGAUGAAGAUACAACUUGUCCACCAUCACUUUAUAUGUGCACAGAUGGGGAGUACUUUAUCCAACGAAUUUUCGUUUGCGAUGGCAUCGACCACUGCUAUGACGGGUCGGAUGAAUUGGAUUGUAACGCACAUAAUGAUGAUGAUGAAUGUCCGAAAGAUUUCUUCAGGUGCACAGAAGGAGAGUGUAUAUCGACUUCGUUCCUUUGUGAUAACAUUAAUCAUUGCGAAGACAACUCGGACGAACUGGGAUGCCACUACGCGCCAUGCCGUGAGGAUGAAGUACCUUGUGCGUUUGAUCCUUAUAUAUGUAUCGCGAGCACCAAAAUGUGUGAUCUGAUAAAGGACUGCCCUGAUGGAACAGAUGAGACUGACUGUGGGAGAAUGUUACCAAAUAGCGCCCUCUGUGAUGGGACGGUUGAUUGCAUUGGAAGCUCAUACGAAGAUGAAUUAAAAUGCGAUUACAACGAGCCAAAUUAUACUUGCGAUCCGGAAACAGAACUUCAAUGCGACAAUGGAAAGUGCGUUGACCUGAGCACGAAAUGUCUAUAUGACGUGGACAGGUUGGGGUUCAUCAUUGGAUGCCGUGAUGUGUCCCAUCUUCGCGAUUGUUCGGACUUUGUUUGCCCUCCAUAUACCUUCGGAUGUCCGCUAUCGUAUUGCAUUCCAUUGCGCAUGCGCUGUAAUGGAAUCAAAGAUUGCCCUAACGGCCAGGACGAGUUGGAAUGUGAUCAAGAUCAAUACAAAUGUCCGAAUUCGAGCUAUGCUUGUCAGCAGCUAUCCGAAGACGUGAUCGAAGGCCAGAGAAUAUGCCUUGCCCCUGUUCAGAUAUGUGAUGGUCAGACGCAGUGCCCCAAGGAGAUGACGAAUUAUUUUACCUGCCCAAUCAAUUGCACAUGUUUCGGUUUAUCAGUCACGUGUGAAAGACCCUCGUGGAAAAGCCACAACCCACCAGUCCUUCACAGAGAUAUACGCAUACUACGCAUUUCUGAAGUACCACUUGUUCUGGAACCUACUGAUGAGGGCACUCUUUACCAAAAUGACAAUCGUACAGAGUCGAACGAAGACGAGCCUAUCUCUAUAUCGCUGACUAACCUGCCUUAUCUUGCUGAAUUGGAGCUGACAUCUACUGGAAUCAAACGUCUUACUCCCGGAAUUUUCCUAAACAACACGAAUCUUUAUAAGAUGAAUCUGUCGGGGAAUGAGUUAGAUGAUAUUGUGGCUGGGGCUCUGUUUCCUCUGAAAAGUUUGAGAAAUUUAGACAUCACCCAUACCUCAGUGGAUGCUGGACCUAAAAACAAAGAUCUCUUCAUGGGAGUUAACAAUACACUGACAGAAUUGCACGCUGAUAAUUUUGUAUUCUGCUGCUUACUCGAUUCAAACGUCCAUUGCCACACAGAGAAAGACCGCUUUUCCUCGUGUGAUAACCUACUCAACAAUGAACUGCUUCGCAUCCUAAUGUGGGUGUUGGGUAUCAGUGCUCUGAUAGGAAACACCUUUGUGGUCUCCUAUCGCAUCCUCCAACGCAAGCGAGUGGAGAAUAGCCAGGUCCAGUCCCACUUGAUUUCAAAUCUGGCGGUUUCCGACCUGAUGAUGGGAGUCUACAUGAUGAUCAUUGCCGCCACAGACGAGACUUACCGUGGACAGUACUACCUACACUCUGAGUCGUGGAGAAGCAGUGUCCUCUGCAAGACCGCAGGGUUCUUAUCGAUGCUCUCCAGUGAGGUCUCCGUUUUCCUUGUCAUGAUCAUUAGCUUGGAUCGGCUCUUCUGCGUCGUCUUUCCCUUCAGGCAGAGGCUUCACCUAACACCACAGAAGGCGCUGGUCCUCAUCGUCGCGACCUGGAUCUUUUCGUUCCUACUCAGUCUAGUCCCACUCCUGGUGCCAGACUAUGCUGGGCAUUUCUACGGGCAGUCCAGCGUCUGCCUUGCCAUUCCCCUCACACCGGAAACAGAACCUGGUUGGGAGUACUCCGUCUUCAUCUUCUUGGGCAUAAACUUCUUCAGUUUCAUGGUGACGCUCAUCUGCUAUGUCGUCAUUUUCGCUGAGGUGUACAGGUCAUCCGCACGCAUGGCCGGACGGAAGCAGCAAACAUCACAUAGCAGACGGCUGAACGGUCAGAUCAAAUUGGCGUCCAAGAUGGCGCUUAUUGUAGGCACAGAUUUCUGCUGUUGGAUGCCUGUUAUUAUCAUGGGAAUUCUAGCGAAAACCGGUGCUGCCGAAAUUCCUGCCGACAUGUAUGCCUGGUCAGCUGUAGUUCUUCUCCCCAUCAACUCCGCUAUUAACCCUUACCUCUACACUCUUUCAAGCCUUCAACAGCGCAGGAAACAGAGACUAAGAACCAAGGCAUUGGCAACGAAUAUGAGCAUGCAAGAUGUCAAUACGAAAACUGAGAUCUCCAUCGAUGAUAAUCUGGACAACAGCAGUUCGGAAGAACCUUGUCAAGUAAAAAUCAACCCUAUGUAUGCCAGUCUCGCCAAACACUGCAUAUUGACUCCUUUCACCCAUUUCGGUAGAACCACCCAUAUCCAGACCUUGACAGAGUACAUCAACCAACGUGGGACGAUGCCUUCCAUGGUGGACAGCGCCCUCAUACGACGGGAUAUCUCCAAGGCAUUGUCAUACCUGAAGUCCAAGGGGGUGGUGGACAUGGCGGGAGAAGAGAAGAUUGCGGUGCAGCUGAGCUCUGGAGGUGACGUCCGCCAGGCCUUCUUUGUUGUCUACAACGCCAAGGACGUGCAGCGGUUGCUGCAACCAGGCAGCAAAUCCUCGAACCUCAACAACCACCUAUCUGAUCAGAGAGAGUAUGUGAAGACCAUGUUGGAGGACCUGCGGGAGAAGGACGAGAAUCUUAAACCCAAGGAUGACAAUCUUAAAGCAUCCAAAGUUGGAUAUUAGCCCUAUGGUGUCAAUGAGUCAUGUACUUCUGUCUUAAUCAGAGUUCAGUUUAAUCCGGUCAAUCACAACUAUGGAAAGCCAACGCUGCCAACAACUAAUAUACAGAUUUUCAUUCAAAGUGUUCAAACUAAAUCUUAACUAUGAUAUAUAGUCGUAUUGAUUGUAAAGAAGCGAAAUAUUGAGCAAUAUUUUGCUGAAAGGAAGAUGAUAGUAGAUUGCAAUGGUAAAUUGUUAUUUCAGUUAGUUUUGAUGUAGAGGAUCAACCCUCUUUUCUCUGAAGGUUUGUAUACCAUCCAGUGGUGACACCGUACCAUCCCUUGAUUUUCAAAUAUAGUGAAAGAAAAAGAAAUUAUUAUAAAAGAGGAAAAACAGAUGGAGGAAGAAUGGAGCGUAUAGGCCCUAUAAAAACGAGCGGUCUGUGUUUUAAUCUGUGGUAUCCUUUUUUCCAAUUAUUUUUCAACACUAAAAGCAUAAUCUUUUAAUGAUGAAAAUUCAUCUUUAUUACUUGACACUUAACGGCUGAAGAUUUUUAUAGAAUGUAAAAAAAUAUAUACAUUAUUUGUUGUUGCACUGAAUAAAAACUUUUACUAGAUCAUUUGGUACAAGUACUGUGUUUAUCAAUGAUGAAAAGGUCAUCUCACCUAGGACAUAAGAGUAUUUUCUGAACUUUUCUUGCUUCUCGUCAAGCCACAUAACGCAAAAUGUGGCAAUUCAUGGACACGCUAAUUGAAAUACGAGGGAUUAUAAUUUGGUAUUUUCGUGGCUAAUCGCUCUUUGCCAAUGUGAAAAUCCUUUGCCUAGCGCUAGGAAAUGACAGAAAUGUAUCUUUUUAAAUAUAUAUCUUAAUGAAUUCGCUUGCAUACUUUCACCCAUUCCAUUUGUACUAGCGCCGCGCUUUGUUACAGCAUAUAUUUAUGUAAAUUGCACUUUUGUGGUUGGUUCAAAUCUGUGACGCUAUAGUUAUACAGGUAAAGCCGAUCCCAUUUUGACACACAUUUUAUCGAAUGGUGUAUACAUGAUACAGUUUGGGGUAAGUUUCAUUGUUGAGACUAUUGCUUUAUGUUACAUAGGCUAUGUAGAUUCGAACCAGUGAUAGGUCAAUACGCCAUCACGUGACCAUAGCUGCGAGGAUCCCAUUUGUUAUAUUCUAGGUUUUGACGUCACCU